GUAAACAAUAUGGCGAACCUGAUGGAAGAAGAUUCCCUCUUGGAGGGACAUAGAACAUCACUUCUAGAUGUCCAGGAAGACAAAUUAAGAGCAAUGAAUAAGAAAGCUCUGCUCCAUAGAGUGGUGAUAGUCUCAAAACAAAAAGCUGAUAUUGAAGAAAAGGAAGAAAUAGGCACUUACUAUGACAAGUUGUUCAAGAAUCUCAACAACCAGCUGCAGAGUGAAGGUGUAUCAGGUCUUCUUCUUGUCUAUCCAGAGUGCUGCCUUCAUGUGAUAGAGACAUGUACAGACAUGCUUCUAGAAAUCAUAAAAGACUUGCAGACUACUAAUCAGUUUACAGAGAAGUCAAAAAUACUGGUGGUGUCUCAUGAUAUAUCCUUUUUGUACAAACCAUAUCAAAGCAUAUUUAUGUUUGCUUUAAUUCCAUUGUUGGAUGGGGCUCAUUUAUCAACCUUACUCCCACAUUUUUCAUCUUUGUUUAAAAUCCUUGACAGUUUCCACAUUCCCACCAGAUUAUAUCAGACGUGGUCAUUCCGUGUUUUGGACAUGGAAGCACAGAAUAUUGGUCUUUAUGAACCUUCUGAUGACAAUCACAAUAUAGUGAUAGAUGUCCUACAGCAGGUGAUCAAGUUAGGAAGUCAUUUGGCAAAGAUUCCUAAGUUAAACUGGAAGAGUACCAUGGACAACCUGAGGGAGAAGGUACCAGACCUCCUACCGCAGCAGAUUGUGAUAGGAUAUCUACUUGACACAAACGACAAGAGCAUGAUUGAAAUAGAAGACUUCCUGACGUAUUACUCCAAGCCAUACGACAUUGUUCUAAAUGGAGAAUUGGUUUGGCCAAUGCCUGUGCGGUUAUUCCCCUACAACUGAUACUGAGUUAGAAUCAAGCAAUUAUAGAACAUUCCAUUUCAUGACUCUUAUCAGCAAGCUUUUUUGUAAAAGUAAAAGUGAAAGAGCUUUCUAAGAUUCCAACAUAAGAAUUGAUGAGGACCACAGCAUUUGACAAUGACAAAUUCAGAGCUGGUCAUGACAAAUCUCGUACUUCCAGACCAUGAGACACCAUUAAUGAAGAGAAAUUCUGUUUAACUUUGAGUUGAAAUCCCUUCAGCAGUGGCUUCCAGUUGACCAGUGGACUCCCAUGCUAGUGGCUAUACCUUGUUUCUUUGCUCUGUGAUAUAUUAACUGAUCAAUUCAUUUAGAGUUGCCAAGGACAAAGUUUCAUUCUGUGAUUGCAAAAUAUUUACCCUGUUAUGUUUUGAGAUAUAUUGUAAAUCUGUACAUACUGUGAAUAAUCAUUGAAACAAUAAAGUAUAGGCAUUUG